AUGGCUGGUGGUGUUUACAUCUCAUCCUCCCUAAAUGCAAUUCAUAGGUCACAUUUAAGCUUUAAACCUGUUGAGGCAGAAUCCUGCUGGAUUGAAAUCUUACAGGAACACAAACCUAGUAUAUUUGUGGGAUGUAUAUGCAGGCACCCCUUGUCUAAUCUUGAUAAUUUUAUAUCUCAACUAGAAAACCUCGUCAGUCCCUUAAACCAAUCCAAGCAUCAGGUCCUUAUCCUAGGGGACAUGAAUAUUGACUUUCUAAGAGUAGGUACACAUUCCAAAACUGAAGACUACCUUGAUAUGCUAUACAGUAGUAACCUCCUCCCAGUCAUAACAAAACCUACUAGGAUCACAAGCCAUACUGCAACUCUUAUUGAUCAUAUUUACACAAAUGCCUCUACUGACCAAAUCAUACCUGGUAUUGUAACCACAGACAUAUCAGACCACCUGCCCACUUUCUGUUUCAUUAGAAGACAGAUAAUAAGGCUAAAACCAAAGAGAUUCUUCAGGGACUAUUCAAAUUUUGACUCUAAGACCUAUCUGAAUGACAUAAAGUCAGCUGACUGGAGAAGCAUCCUAAAUGACCCAACCGACAUCCACACUAAAGCCAGCAGCUUUGUCAAAAAACUUAAAGGCACAGCCAAUAAACAUGCCCCAAUUAAAUGCAUACCCGCAGCCGUCUAAAACAAAAGAUUCACAAACAAUGGAUAACAGAUACCUUAUUAAAUUCUAUAAGAAACAAGCAGAAAAUGUAUCGCACACUCUUUCUUUCUAAAGAUCUAGACAAGGUAGGUUACUAUAAAAAAUACUCAAAUACUCUGAAUAAGCUGAAAUGGACCUGUAAGUCAUCCUACUAUAAGCAGCAAUUUGAACUAAAUAAGAACAACCUAAAAAAUAUAUGGAAGUUAAUUGGCACCAUUAUAAACAGGAAACCUAAAGGGCACACUGUACCAGCAAAGUUACUCUACAAUGGGAAAACCUACACUGACAAACAUGACAUUGUCAAUCAGGUCAAUGAGUACUUUUAUAAAUAUUGGUCCAAAUUUGGCAUCUACAAUUCACUCAAGUAUAAAACCUGAUGCUUUCCUCCCAGCAACUCAUAGUUCUAGUUUUUUUCUUUCCCCAGUGGAUUCAGCGCAAGUUGAGCUAGCACUAUCUGGCCUCGAUAGGCACAAAGCCACUAUAGAUAUCCCUAACUAUCCAAUCAAGAUUGCCAGCAACCUGCUUUCAGCUCCCCUCACAAGCUUAUUAUUUUAAUGAAUCCAUUGAAUCAGGUAUUGUCCCGGAUAUUUUCAAGAUCUCAAAGGUUACCCCAGUCUUUAAGACUGCCGUGCAGUGACAGACCCUGGCAACUACCAUCCCAUUGCUGUCCUCUCUCCGUUUGCUAAAAUCCUUGAAAGACUAGUGUACAAUCAGCUAAGUCAUUUCAUAGAAAAGGAAAACAUUCUUUUUAAACACCAAUUUGGCUUCAGGAAAAAAAAAUUAAUUAUUCUACUGAGCAAGGACCUUGAAAACACUAUAAAUGAGGAACUCAACCAUCUUCUUAGCUACUGCUCAGCUAAUAAACUUUCUGUAAACUUUAAGAAAACCCACUAUAUGACAGUCUCCUCCCCCCAAAAAGCAAAUAAACUUAAAGGGACUGGUUCACAAUAAUGCGCAUGUGUGAGUUCUGAUAGUAGCUGAUUGUUUUUCAACCAAUUGGAAGCAAGUUAGAUGCAUGCAAGUAAAUUUACGAAAUUCAAAUUAAUUGUUCGCGACGCGAAAGUAUUUCCGGGCAUUUGGUUUGAUUUUAUUUAUCCCCAUAAUUCAAGUUUAUUCUUUGCUACUCCUCAGAUAUAUGUUGCAGCCGAUAAGAAUAAGAUUUACAGCCCUGUCCUGCUUUGAAACAAACAUUUACUAACGUGUAUUUUUACGAGGUCGUACCCACGCUAACAAAGCAGUCACCGAUCGGCAAACUAAAUUUGUAAACAAACAUCUUAUUACUGUUCUCUCAGUUCGCCUUAUAUAAAUCCAGAAAUACCUACAAAUAGCACCUGACCGGUGACAAAAACGCACAACGUACGAGUAUGAAGAUUAUCCUUAAUUGAGCAUAAAUUUCAAAUGCUUAUCAGCAAAUGAACAAAUUCAUUCGCGUUGCAUCGGGUCAGUGUUCUGCAAAACAAAUGUUAUCGAGUAGCAUACAUAAAGAAACUAGAUUAUAAACAGAAUAUUCAGGCAAUAAUUUAUUUUAAAAACAUCAAUUCUUAAACAUAUACGAUCGUAACGCAAAGAUACAAGGAACAUUUCAAGUGUACCAGAUCGGUGAAGAUCGCGCGGCCUGCUGCGGUAUAACUACAGGUCGGAGUCAAAAAUCAAAUCAAAGUUGAACGAACUCAUGCCUUUAACCACUUUCCAAGUGUCGUGUAUACUUUUCGUAAGCCACACACUACUCCUAGAACCAUACCAGAUCGAUAGGCUAAGCUUCUCCAUCUCCAAAGACUCUUGAGAACGUCCUGUUGCCGGACGGCCACGAUACUCUUCUGAACCUCCAUGAUCAAAACGUUAUUUUUUGCGUCUUCUUAAAACGUAACUAGUCAAACGACACAACCACACGUUAAUCACCACUACCGAGUUAUAACUAGACCAGCCAAAGCGACGGAUGUCCAAAUAAAACAAAGGAUUUUCAAUGAUUGUACUGGUAAUGGCGAUUUCGAAUUUAGUGUUGACCCGACAAAUUUAUUCUGAAGAGACAAACGGUGCGCAUGCGCACUAUCGUGAACCAGUCCCUUUAAGCUUAAUUUACACAAUACUGAAGGAAAGAACUACAUCAAAUACCUAGGUAUCUACAUUGACAAACAUCUAAAUUGGGCUCCCCACAUUCACCACAUUAACUGCAAAAUAUCUAAAAACUUGGGAAUCCUUUUCAGAUUACGCCAUUUCUUAACUUUAAACACCCUCAAGCAAAUAUAUUACUCACUUAUCUACCCCAACCUUCAUUAUGGAAUUAUGAGUUGCGGAAACACAUACCCAAGUAGAUUAACUAAAGUUCAAACAAAACAAAAUAAAUGUAUACACUGCAUAUUUUUUAGACAUAAUAGAGAAAGAAGUGCACCCUACCUCAAACUUCUAGAUAUACUUAACAUAGAUAGCAUUUUUAAACUCAAAAUCUCCUUGCUAGCCCACAAAAUCUCACAAAGUGAAGCCGAUAUCCCUGAAGUGUUUCAAAACUACCUUGUAAAGGUGUCUGAUAUUCACUCACACAAUACCAGAUAUGCCUCAAAUCUUAACUUUCGUGUACCACGUGUAAGGUCAAAUUACAGCAAACACACAUUUAAGUUUGCCAUAACCAAAACUUGGGAAGAGAUUCCUACUAAGAUAAAAACACUUAGCUACCAUAAAUUCAAAAAAGAAUAUAAGUGA